AUCAGGAAGGAUGGAUGGCAGGAGGAAGGGCUCUGGUGCAUUUUCUGUGGCUGCCUCAGCCAGGACAGAAGCCAGGAGAUCUGAACAUCUUGUGAUCAAUGCUCCUGCUAAGCACUGAUGUGGUUAAAAUCUCUCAGCUGGAUCCAACACAGUCUGUGGGAGAUUUGGUCACAGCUGCCCCCUCUCAGAAAUGUGGAAUGUUCCUUUCACCGGCUGAGGGAUCUGGGACAUCAGCUGCUUGGUCCCCGCUGACAGUCUACCCUCAGUUGCUGCAGUCCAAGAGCCAGGAAGCAUAAAAGUGCCAAGAGUUUAGGAUGGACAAGGACUUCGCUCCUUCCCCUCACAGGGUCCGCAGAUGUAUUCCAACUCCGGGAGCCUGCUCCAGCUCCAGCCGCAUCCCAGGUUUAUCAGCCCGGCCGGUGGGAGGAGGGGGACCGGCGCCUCUCAGCCCCAAGCUGAGAAAGGAAACGCAUCCUGACUCCUUCAGCCAGGACACCGCAGGGCAGAGUCGACUUGCAAAGGGGAGAAUGAGUGCCAGGCCUAACUCUAGGCUUGCAGGCCCAAGGGAGCUGAGUAGCACCGGGCUGCCCAUCCCGUGCCCUCUUCCCCCUUCAUCCAGGUCCCUUCCGUGGACUACUUCUAAUGGUUUGGCACCACGGAAGCUGAGCUCCAUCUCAUUUACCCUCCGCCGGAGCGGCUGUGCACCUCCACCGGACCGGCAACUGCUCCCACCAGCCUCUGCAAGGAGAAAGCUCCACUGUCUACUGGGGAAGGAAGCACCAGGAGGGGAACUGCCCUUGUCGAAUCUGCAGCCAUUACCUGGAGUACAAGCCAUGUCCCCAAGAGUGCCUCUUGGCUGCAUGGAGGAGCAAACAAAUAUCUGGCAUGAUGGGCAAAUCAGUGCUGCAUAUCCAGGGUCAGAGAUGCCCACCACAUUGCUUCCCUCAGGUCCAGAUUUCCAGAGAUGCUUGGCCCGUGCUACCCUACUUCCUCCUCUGCCACAUCCCCAAGUCAAGGGGAAACAUCCCAUGAACUCAUCCAUGACAGCAGCUGGUCAAGAGGACCACAUGGCUACCGAGAGAUACAGUGACCCACUUGGCAUGGGAAUUCUCCAAGGGCCACUUGGAUGUGGGAAUACCCCAAGUCCCAUUCCUGAGCUGUGUGCUCAGGGGCUGGCUCUGGGGGGCCAACUCUCUGCUGCAGAUACCAUGAUGUCUUCUGUGAUGGACACAACUGGGCCAGCAUGGUCAGCAGACAACAAGAUUGAGGCAGCUAUGUCUGAGCUGGUGCCGGAGCCCCGGCAAAAACCAGCAGUGCCAAUGAAACCUGUUGGCAUUAACUCCAACCUGCUGGGCUACAUUGGGAUCGACACCAUCAUUGAGCAGAUGCGCAAGAAGACCAUGAAGACAGGCUUUGACUUCAACAUCAUGGUUGUAGGUCAAAGCGGGCUGGGGAAAUCAACACUGGUGAACACCCUCUUCAAAUCCCAAGUUAGCCGCAAGUCUUCAGGCUGGAACCGUGAGGAGAAGAUCCCUAAGACAGUGGAGAUCAAGGCCAUUGGGCAUGUCAUUGAAGAAGGUGGUGUCAAGAUGAAACUGACGGUAAUUGACACCCCAGGGUUUGGUGACCAGAUCAACAAUGAGAAUUGCUGGGAGCCCAUUGAGAAAUACAUCAAUGAGCAAUAUGAAAAAUUCCUGAAAGAGGAAGUGAAUAUUGCAAGGAAAAAACGAAUCCCAGACACGAGAGUCCACUGCUGCCUCUACUUCAUCUCCCCCACGGGUCACUCCUUGCGACCCCUGGACCUAGAGUUCAUGAAACAUCUCAGCAAAGUAGUAAACAUCAUCCCUGUUAUCGCCAAGGCAGACACCAUGACCCUGGAAGAGAAGACUGAGUUCAAACAAAGGGUGCGCAAAGAACUGGAGGUGAAUGGGAUCGAGUUUUACCCCCAGAAAGAGUUUGAUGAGGACCUGGAGGAUAAAACAGAGAAUGACAAAAUCAGGCAGGAAAGCAUGCCGUUUGCAGUGGUGGGCAGCGACAAGGAAUACCAAGUAAAUGGCAAAAGAAUCCUGGGCAGGAAAACUCCCUGGGGCGUCAUUGAAGUGGAAAACCUCAAUCACUGUGAAUUUGCCCUACUUCGAGACUUUGUCAUCAGGACCCACCUCCAAGACCUAAAAGAAGUGACGCACAACAUCCACUAUGAGACCUACAGGGCCAAGCGGCUGAAUGACAACGGGGGGCUCCCCCCAGUGACCGCCGAGACAGAGGAGAACCACGAAAGUAAUCUGUGAAUUACUCCUCCCACUGUCUGGAUAUUACAACCCGUCCCAGCUACCCUUGACUUUACUGUAGGCCUGUCUUCAAAGCAUGUGGCACAUCCUCUGUGUGUGUGUGUGUAUGGGAGAAGGAGCAGGGGCAUACCUUUCUCCUUCCUAGAAUGUUGUCAUUCUUGUUUUUUUGCACAGCAGGCUGUUUGUUGUCUUCCCCUCUCUCAUGUUCUGUGGUUCAGUUGCGUGUCUUGGUGUGGGAAGUAGUGGAGGGAAUGCUGGGAGAUUUGAUUUCUGGCAUUUGGAGUGUUUGGAGAGGAUGACUUGGUUCUGUGUUUGCACAUUUGAAAAGCAUAGAAAGACUCCAAGGACAGACAGAUUGAUCAAUGAGCACAGUGCCUUCCGAAUGGUGGUGGCAUCGGAGAACCUCUUCCUGCAUGUGAGUGGAGUUCCCUGGUGUAGAUGGGGAAGAUAGGCGGUUGAUUAGGGGGAGUGAUAGGUGGCUAUGGUAUAUCCCCUUUUCUCACUGAGGCCUGUUCAAAAAGGGAAGGGGGCGGGGUUAGUGGUAAUUUGUGUCUGGGAGGAGAGAUAUUAUCAUAUUUUCCAGUCCAUGUUCUAACUGGAAGAUGGGUGGUGGUGGGAAGUGAGCACAAAUUAGAUCUUGGACCUUAGGGUUUCAUUGUAAGAUCUAGAAGGUGUUGUUUUACAUUCCCGUCACAGGUGUCUGGGAGGGGAGAGACAACAAAAAACCAGGAACACUAAUUGAGGGACAAAUCCUGAGGUCUUCACUGAGGGCCAAAUAGUGGCAUUUAGCCACUGCCCUGGAAUUGGCAGGGUGUCUCCCUACCCCAGCAGGCAGGGGGCCUGGGUAGGCUGCCCCAUCUUCUAGGAUACUUCAGCUUGCUGCCCCCAAUGUGCUCAGCGCACUUUGCAAGCCAAUGCAAAGGGUGAGGAGAACAGGCCCAGGCAUAGCUCUAUUGCUUCACUUCCUGUGGGGCAACAUACACCUGCUGGGACACAGCAGAGGGGCAGGCCCUGCACUCCUGCAAUUGACACACAGGGUAGGCUCCUUAUGUAGUCACCCAUGCAAGGGCCACCCAUAAUCUGGCCCCCAGGAGUUUACUUAGGCAGAACUCCCAACUAAGCAAAUGGGCCAAGCUCUUAGUCCUCACUCAGUUUUUACCCAAUAUUUACUUGGACAAACUUGUCUCUGAAGCCAUGGGAGAUGUGCCUAAGUAAAAAAAUGAAUGAGGGCCUUGGAAUGUGCCCUAGAGUUAAUCGCUUGAAACGAAGCCAAUACCAGUAAGCAUGAGUUGCAUGUACUAAUGUGAACAUGAGACCAUCCCUUCUUCUUUCCUUAGCACAAAGAGCUGGGUUCACUGGAACUAGCUCAUGGACAAAUGGGGCAGAAUUUUGGCUGGCCUGCUGGUCUUGGGUCAAGUGAUCCCCUCUACACCUACCAGUUCCCGGCACACUCUCACUAGUUAGUUAUUGAGGACGUCAGAGGAUGUAUAGAGGGGGGAGAAAUAUGUGCUAAGGGAGGGUGAAUGAGAAGGGAAAAGGGAUGUUGACAGCAGAGAGGAAAUCAUCUUUCCCAGGACUGGAGUGAGUUUCCACACAAGAAUACCUCCUAAUUCUGUUGGUAAACAUCAUGGGAUCCCUUUAUCUGCUGCAUAGGAUUCUGCGUUUAGGGAAGGAAGAGAGAAAAAUACACAUGACCCUUGCCUCCCCGGCCAGGGCCACCCACUUUUGACAUAGUGCUGGAGGAUACCAGUCCUUGAGCAAGUGAGAACUGUGAAUAUCUUGUGAGGUUCCUCGCAGAUUUUCCACACUGGGAACCUUUCCAUUGGCUUACCCUGGGGCCCGAGCCUCUACUGUGCUUUUAGAUCCUUUGGGAUGAAAUGUGGACAUUAUAGAGAUGUAAAGUUCAUAUCUUAUUUAAUUGCUCGAUGAAGAAAUGCUUUUUAAUCCCCUGGAUUUCUUGCACUAGGGAUCCCUUUCCCCUUCCCAGUCACAGCUAUAUCAUUCUCCAGCUGCCAAACAAACAUGGUCAGUCUCUGCACAGCUUCCAGAUGUGAAUCGCGACUGCUUUAUCAGUUUCCCCCUCUGAUCUUCCAGGAGACGGCCUGGUAUUUGAUUAAGGGACUUGUCUCUCUCUCAGCACUGAGCCUGAGCCCUAGAUUAGGGGUAGAUGUAGUCACUGAAUGGUUAUAUCAGUUUUCUUAAUACUAAGGCCUCUAUUUUGUAUUUUACCUGUGGAGAAACAGCAUUGCAUAAGAACAUAAGAAUGGCCCUACUGUGUCAGACCAAAGGUCCAUCUAGCCCAGUAUCCUGUCUUCCGACAGCGGCCACUGCCAGGUGCCCCAGAGGGAAUGAACAGUGAUCCAUCUCCUGUCGCUCAUUCCCAGCUUCUGGCAAACAGGCUAGGGACACCAUUCCUGCCCAUCCUGGCUAAUAGCCAUUGAUGGACCUAUCCUCCAUGAAUUUAUCUAAUUCUUUAUUUAACCAUGUUAUGGUCUUGCACAUCACAAUAUCCUCUGGCAAGGAGUUCCACAGUUGACUGCGUUGUGUGAAGAAAUACUUCUUUUAUUUGUUUUAAACCUGCUGCCUAUUAAUUUCAUUUGGUGACCCCUAGUUCU